GGCAAGAAGCGACCGACCGGCGGGGGAGGUAGGCAGUGCAAAGGAAAGGACAGGGGGGAGUUUAGGCUGUGUCCCGUAUUUGGAAUAAGUAAGACUAGAUACAGUUUUCCUCUUGACGUUAAACGAGCUUCUCUCUAACCUUCAAAAAGGACCCGCAAUUUUUAUUUUUUGACGGCAAACUUAUGGUCCGCUGGAACUCUUGAACUAAUCGUGCUUUUGAACUGCGAAGAAACUAAAGAGACAUUUGGUUUCUGGACGAAGAAUGGGAUUUAAAGAACAUUGAGUUGUGAAACAGUGGGAUAUUUUUCCAGUUGGAUAAAAAAGAAAGAAAGAAACAUUGUUGGAAGAGGUGGAAUUCCGUCAAGCUUUCUACUUCAUGUUACAUGUCAGCUCUUGGAUGGAAAAAAAUGGAGCAAUGAUGGCAUUUAGGAGCGGAGACAAGUAAGGUUAACGUUAGUUCCGUGGCUAGCUAAAUAGCUAACCUAGCAGGCUGCUUACUAAGCCUGUGUCGCCCUUCCAUUCCUGGAGCAGAGGAGGGGCGCUGGGGCUUUGUAGCAUUGCAGAUCUGCCUUGCAUUUUAGGGUGGCUGGAAGAAUGGAGAAUCCAAAAUAUCCGCCCCAGCAACAACUCAGGGAGGUCUGUUGAAAGACAUCGAGUCAUUUUUAUACAAUUUACCACGCAGGGAAGAGCAGAAAACUGCCAACAAGCGUUGCGAUCCUUAAAAUCUACCGGCCUGGGGCAGCCAGGGUCUGUAAUUGUGACUAGCUUACUUGUUUUCUGCACCCUCUGGGGAUAGGUAUUAAAAAAAUGGGGAAGUGCACACCUUACCCACCUUUUAGAUGCUGGAUCUUUAGAAGGAGAUCAUGAAAAGGUGGAUGUUAACGAAUUAGCCUUGGCCUGCCCUCCACAAAGUUUAUUUUUGAUUUAUUUUCGAGACAUCCUCAAGGUGAGAGAACUUCUUUCCAGGCCCAAUAACACGCCGAGGAGGUGUUUGUUCAUUUUGCCCUCUGUCUUCCUCCGUCAUCAUUACUUUAAGCGCAACAAGCCGGAAUAAACAUGUCGGGAGAGGUGCGUUUGAAGAAGCUGGAGAAGCUGAUCCUGGACGGACCAGUGCAGUCUAAUGGCCAUUGCCUGAGUGUGGAAACGCUGCUGGAUAUCCUGGUCUGCCUCUAUGAUGAGUGCAACAACUCUCCCCUCAGAAGGGAGAAAAAUAUCCUGGAGUUUUUGGACUGGGCCAAACCCUUCACCUCCAAAGUGAAGCAGAUGCGUCUGCACAAGGAAGACUUUGAGAUACUUAAAGUGAUUGGGCGAGGAGCAUUCGGAGAGGUUGCCGUGGUAAAAGUGAGAAACACUGACAAGGUAUUCGCCAUGAAGAUUCUUAACAAGUGGGAGAUGCUAAAGCGAGCAGAGACGGCAUGUUUUCGAGAGGAGCGAGAUGUUUUGGUAAAUGGGGACUGCCAGUGGAUCACCACCCUGCACUACGCCUUCCAGGAUGACAAUAAUCUGUACUUGGUCAUGGACUACUACGUGGGUGGUGACCUACUGACUUUGCUCAGCAAGUUUGAGGACCGUCUGCCAGAGGAGAUGGCCAAGUUCUACCUGGCCGAGAUGGUGCUGGCCAUCGACUCCGUUCACCAGCUGCACUAUGUCCACAGGGACAUUAAGCCUGACAACAUUCUGCUGGAUAUGAACGGCCACAUCCGCCUGGCCGACUUCGGCUCCUGCCUCAAACUCAUGGAGGAUGGGACUGUCCAGUCCUCAGUGGCGGUCGGAACUCCAGACUACAUUUCCCCAGAGAUCCUCCAGGCUAUGGAAGACGGGAAGGGCAAGUACGGACCUGAAUGCGACUGGUGGUCCCUGGGCGUCUGCAUGUAUGAAAUGCUGUACGGCGAGACCCCUUUCUAUGCAGAAUCUCUGGUGGAAACCUAUGGGAAGAUUAUGAACCACAAGGAGCGAUUCCAGUUCCCGCAGCAGAUAACAGACGUAUCAGAGGAUGCAAAGGAUCUGAUUCGCCGGCUCAUUUGCAGUCGAGAGCACAGAUUGGGACAAAACGGCAUUGAGGACUUCAAGCAGCAUCCAUUUUUCACUGGCAUUAAUUGGGACAACAUUCUUACAUGUGAAGCUCCCUACAUCCCAGAAGUCAGCAGUCCCACAGAUACCUCCAACUUUGAUGUGGAUGAUGACUGUCUAAAGAACUCGGAGACUAUGCCUCCUCCCUCUCACACUGCCUUCUCUGGCCACCACCUCCCCUUUGUGGGUUUCACCUAUACAAGUAAAUGUACUAUAUCUGACCGGGGUUGCCUGCGACAGCUCACCGUAGAGGCGGGUAAGGCAGGACAGGAACAUCUGGACCUGGAUGUCCAGCGAAGCCUGGAGGACAGCUUGGCCACUGAGGCCUACGAGAGGCGGAUACGCCGUCUGGAGCAGGAGAAACUAGAGCUGAGCCGAAAACUGCAAGAGUCGACUCAGACGGUACAGGCGCUGCAGCAUCCGUCAGGCGAGGGACCGCUUAGCGCUACCAGAGAGGUGGAAAUCAGGAGCCUGAAGAGCGAGAUCGAUAUUCUCAAGAAGCAAAUUGCUGACUCAGGCCAGCUGGAGAAGCAGCUGGAGGACGUGACGUCGGCUCGGAGGGACUUGGAGGAUUCAUCUAAACACAUCAAGACUCUGGAGAAACAGAUGAGGAGCGUAACGCAGGAGAGAGACGACCUACAGAAGGAUCUUGGGGAGGCCAGUGAGAAGUUGAAGUCUCAGUCAAAGGAGCUGAAAGACGCACAUAGCCAGAGAAAACUGGCCAUGCAGGAGUUUUCUGAGCUCAACGAGAGACUCUCAGACCUCAGGUCUUCAAAGCAGCGUCUUGCUCGCCAGCUGCGUGACAAGGAGGAGGAGAUGGAGAGCCAGAGUCAAAAGGUUGAGGCUCUCCGCCUUGAGGUGCGAAAGGCUGAGAGGGCCAAGAAGGAGAUGGAGGUGCAGACUGAGGAGCAUGCAGCAGAAGCUCAGAAAGAGAAGAAGCUGAGAGAGCGAAAUGAGCAGUACAGCAGACAGCUGGAGGAGGAGCUCGAAGGGCUUAAGUUGAAGCAGGCCGGCUCUCCUGCCGCUCCAGCUUCGGGGGAUCAGACCCAGGAGGUGGGACGCCUGCGUGGGGAAAUGGAGAAGAAAACGCUCUUAUACGAGGAGGAGCUGACACGCAGAGAGGCGCAGCACAGCACUGAGCUGAAAGCCCUACGCAAAGAGCUGCGAGACGCCGAGAGCCAGCACCUCAACCUGCAGAAGGAGAUCCUCAUGCUGAAAGACAAACUGGACAAAACCCGUCGUGAGAGCCAAAUUGAACGGGAAGAGCUUGAGACGGAGUACGAGAGAAAGAGGAUCCUGCUCACAGAUGAAAACAAGAAGCUAUCCAGUGAACUGAAGAAGCUGACCAGCAUGUUUGAGAAGAUGAGCAGCUCCAACCGGCAGCUGGAGGAUGAGAUGAGGGAGCUGGCUGAUAAAAAAGAGAGCGUGGCCCACUGGGAGGCCCAGAUCACUGAAAUCAUCCAAUGGGUGAGUGAUGAGAAGGAUGCUCGGGGCUACCUGCAGGCUCUGGCCACUAAGAUGACUGAAGAGCUAGAGGGACUAAGAAAUACGAGCCUGGGAGCGAGGGCCACGGACAUGCCCUGGAAGAUGCGACGUUUUGCCAAGCUGGACAUGUCCGCUCGCCUCGAGCUGCAGUCAGCUCUGGACGCUGAGAUCAGAGCCAAGCAGUGCAUCCAGGACGAACUGAACAAGGUCAAAGCCGACAACAUCUCCACAGAAUGCAAACUGCAGGAGGUGGAGAGCAAAAACCAGGAACUCCUGUCUGAGAUCGACCGGCUGAAAAAGGAGACGGAGGAGCUGCGAAUGAGAAGAGGUGUCAAGCACCAGGAUUCCCAGAAUUCCUUCUUGGCUUUCCUUAACGCCCCCACCUCUGCCCUUGACCAGUUUGAUCGCUCGCCAUCCGUUGGCCCAGCUAGCAAAGGCAGACGUGUGGACUCCAUGGAUAAUUUCACCCCCUCCAACACUCCAUCCCGGGAAGACGACCCCAAGUCCCACCUCAAGUCACGUUCACGUUCACCCUCCAUGGCCAGCGAUAUGGAGCCUAUAGAGCUGAUAGACCACCCUCCCCGUGCCGUUCAGACCCCUACCAUGCGUUCAGGAGGGUAUGGCAGUAUCGGACGCUCAUCACCGAAGCCCAAAGCACAUCAGUUUAUUGUGAAGACCUUCAACACGCCCACAAAGUGUAACCAGUGCACCUCCCUGAUGGUGGGAAUUAUUCGGCAAGGCUGUACGUGUGAAGUGUGUAAUUUCUCCUGCCAUGUGACCUGUGCGGACAAAGCUCCAGCUGUGUGUCCAGUACCCCAGGACCAGACCAAGGGUCCGCUGGGCAUCGACCCGCAGAGAGGCAUCGGUACUGCGUACGAAGGCCAUGUCAGGGUGCCCAAACCAACAGGGGUAAAGAAGGGUUGGCAGAGGGCGAUGGCGGUCGUCUGCGACUUCAAGCUGUUCCUCUACGAACUGGGAGAAGGGAAAGCAACACAACCCAGUGUCAUCGUCAGCCAGGUCAUAGAUAUGAGGGAUGAAGAGUUUUCAGUCAGUUCUGUCUUGGCCUCAGACGUCAUCCACGCCAGCCGCAAGGACAUUCCCUGUAUAUUCAGAGUGACGGCGUCCCAGCUCUCCCCCUCCAGCAGCCAAAAAACCUCCAUCCUGAUCCUGGCCGACAGCGACCAGGAGAGGAACAAGUGGGUGGGCCUCCUCAACGAGCUGCACCGCAUCCUCAAGAAGAACAAGCUCAAGGAUCGCUUUGUUUAUGUCCCCAAGGAGGCUUACGACAGCACCCUGCCCCUCAUUAAGUCCACCCAGUCUGCUGCUAUCAUAGAUCACGAGCGUGUAGCCCUUGGCAACGAGGAAGGCCUUUUUGUUGUACACGUCACCAAAGACGAAAUAAUUCGGGUAGGAGACAGUAAAAAGGUCCUCCACAUCCACCUGAUCCCUCAGGAGCAGCUGCUGGCAGUCGUCUCGGGCAGGAACCGCCACGUCCGCCUCUUCCCCACGCAGGCCCUGGACGGCCGCGAGGUCGAGCCUCAGAAGCUCGGCGAGACAAAAGGCUGCCAGAGCAUCGUCUCCGGCCCGGUCCGGAACGGGUCCCUCACCUGCCUCUGCGCAGUCACCAAGACUAAAAUCAUUUGCUUUGAGGUGAACAAGAGUAAAACCCGUCACCGCUUCCUGCGGGAGCUUCAGGCCCCGGGGCCCAUUCAGUGGGUGGGUCUGCUCAGCGAGCGGCUUUAUGUGGGCUAUCUGUCCGGCUUCAUGCGCUACAGUGUCCAUGGCGACGUGUCCCCGGUCAGUCUGCUCCACCAUGAGGACCACACCUUGUCCUUCAUCCCGCAGCAGAGCCUCAACUCCCUGUGUGCCGUGGAGAUCUCCAGCAAGGAGCUGCUGCUGUGUUUCAGCUAUAUCGGGGUGUAUGUGGACUCUCAUGGCCGCCGGUCGCGUCAGCAGGAGCUCAUGUGGCCGGCCACGCCCAACGCCGCCUGCUACAACGCCCCCUACCUGUCGGUGUACAGUGAGAACGCCGUGGAUGUGUUCGACGUCAACACCAUGGAGUGGAUCCAGACCAUCCCUCUGAAGAAGGUGCGACCUCUGAAUGUGGACGGCUCUCUGAACCUGCUGGGGCUGGAAACGGUGCGUCUCAUCUACUUUAGAAACAAGAUGGCUGAGGGGGAUGAGCUGGUCGUCCCAGAGACGUCAGACAACAGCAGGAAGCAGAUGGUGCGCAGCAUGAACAACAAGAGACGCUUCUCCUUCAGGGUGCCUGAAGAGGAGCGACUUCAGCAGAGGAGAGAGAUGCUGCGAGAUCCAGAGAUGAGGAACAAGCUGAUCUCCAACCCCACCAACUUCAACCAUGUGGCCCACAUGGGUCCAGGGGACGGGAUCCAGAUCCUGAAAGACCUGCCUAUGGAGAGCCGUGCAGGAUUCAGCGGGUCGGUCAGCAUCCCAUCCAUCACCAAGAACCGGGGCGAGCCGGGCCGCUCCAUGAGCGCCAGCAGCGGACUGGGCAUACGUUCCUCCUCUCAGAACGGCAGCGCUCUGCGCCGCGAGCUUUCAGGAGGAAGCUACGGGUCCAAACGCCAGACCAUGACCUCUCCCUCCGAGAGCUCCCUGUCCUCCGGAGGAGGGAUGGACUGUGGUGAUGCUCCGCUCUCCCAGUUUGACAGAGAGUGGCAGGCAGUCUCACCGUCGGAGAAGACCCCCGAUCUGAAAAGGGCUUUAAGGACCCUGCUUAGUAAGAUGAAGGACUCGGACUCCCCCCGUCAUUCCACGGCCUCCAACAGCUCCACCUUCAGCAGCCCCCCAAGUCCGGCAUCCCCACACAAAACCAAGUCCCUGUCCCUGGAGAGCACAGAUAGGAUGGGCUGGGACACAUGAACGCCCCCCUCCCUCAUCAACCCGUCAACUUCUCACCCAUCCGACCAACAGCACAGGACUUCAAACUCCUUCCCACCCCACCCCCUCGCCGCUGCCUCACAGCCCAGAGAACUGCACCUACAGCCUGCCCGCUCCCUCCAGACGGACAUUUCGCCCACUUCACAACCCCCCUUGGGGCGCAAACACAACAAGAUUGAGGGAAAUCCUGAGGGAGGGGUUAUAAAUUAGUGGGUGUUAGAGAUGCUGUAGGCACCCGCCAGCUAGUGAGCAUGUGUUCAUCCAGGAGGAGACAACCUCUCGUUUUCACUGUCGACUGAAGCAUCGAGCUGCGCUGACACGACCCCCCCCCAACACCAUCGCCCCCACUCCCCAUUUAUAGAGACUCUAAAAGGAUUAUUAUUGAGAGAAGAUGAUUUGUACUUGUACAUAGGACCAGCUGGGUUUCAGGGGACAAUUUUAAUUUAUUUAUCAAUCUUAGACAAGGAAAGGUGCCGAUGGGUUUAACAGCCCCCCCUCCUCACUUCCCACAAGUCGCUUUCUCUUCGGGUGCUGCAAAAAAUUUAAGAAAUUAUGAAAACAUAAAAAAAGGAGUUUUUUUUUUUAAUUAUAAUUAUUUUUAUUUUGCUCCUGAGAAGUGCAGUGACUUUAUAUCUUUAUUUUUGAUCCGGCACGCAGCUCUCCUGACGUCACAAAUCCAACCGUGCCACUCUCUUCCUCAUUGGUUCAAUAUGAGUGACAUCAUCCGGCAGCCAGGGAGGUGUCCUCCAUCGUAGCGUAGACUUUGCUGCACAACCAAACCGGCCGGCUCACAGACUCCCAUCACCACCAUGUAUAUAGGUUCAAAGUAGAGAGUAAUAUAUGAUAAGGAAAAUACUAUAGAGAACUACACAGGAAAAUAAAAAAAAAUUCCUGCUUUUGUUUCGAGUGGUUUAUUUUUUUGGGGGGUUGUAUUCACACUCAAAAGCCAUUUAAACCACUUUCAUUGUUUUUUGUCUUUUUUUUAACCAGUUAAUUUUACAUUUGUUUGUUUUUAUAUUAUAUGUUUGACACAUUGCGUGUUCUUUUUAGUUUAUUUUGUUUUUUUCCCCCUAAACUGAUGACACUACUGCCUAUACUGUAUAGUGAACACUUGCAUCUAUCACACGCCUGAUAUCAUUCAUUUAUCUCCACACGCACACAGAGGUGGUGUUUUUAUGCAGCAGAUGCCUUGUCCUAAUCAGCUGUGUGUGCGCGUGUUACUCGGCUGUGGUACCAUAAGCUUGAUUUUUAACCAAAAAAUGGACAAAAAAGAGGGAGACUAUUAGUUUCUUUUUCAGCCUUCGCUUAUACUGGAGAACGUUUUGACGGUUUGUUCAUUUAAAAUAUUUAAAAGCUCUUACUUUAGAAGAGAAACACUAAAAAUCAGAAUGUAAACACUUAAAAGCUGUAAAGGCGGCACAAUGAACGAAGCUGGAGCACUAAGCAGGAUAUUCACACCCUGUAACCUCUGCAUCUCAUUGGACCUAAAGGUUAAAAUUUACCUGACAAACCACUCGUGGAGCAGGAAACCAUAAAGGAACUGUGUAUAAAUGUGGUUAUAAUGAAGUUGUGCUGCAGAUCUUGCAUGUUUAGAUGCUGAAAGGAAGACAUAAGUUCUAGCACUUGUGUGGUCAUUCCUGUCGCUUCCCCCGUUCAUACACAGCAAAUUAGUCAUUCCAUGUUGCCCCCCCCCCCCCCCCACCCCCCUUUUUUUUUAUGAAGAGAUUAGGAGCUCCGAGCUGGUUUUAUUCCUUGCAAACCACAUCUUAGAAAACUUUUAAAGCUAGAAACUCCCGCAGGAGUUUUUUUGAGGAAGCCGUCUUAGCCAGAUGUUUUAAUAUUGUCUAGAUGAGCUGAUCCCAGAUGUUUAAGCAGACAGGAAGGGAAACUCAGGAAAUGUCCGAACCGAUUAAUUUUUGAUGGACGGCAGGCGUGAACGAGGAAAUCUGGCUGAGUCGAGGUGACCCGGGUUGUGAGGACUAGACUAGGUGACCUGUGUCAGGGGUGAAAGGUCGUCUGAGGGCUGAGGUCCACGUUACAUGGAGAAAAAUCUAAACGAACAUUCAAACGCCUUUACAUUUCAGUGAGGUCUUAUCCACAGUACCUUUAUUAUUUUGCUCUUUCAUAUCAUAUUACACUUUUUUUCUAGGAUUGCUUUGUAAUAAUUUGUACAGUUUUGCAUGUUAUAGAUGUAAUCAUUUGUUUUCGGUUUAUUCUUUUUUUUUUUUUUUUUUUUGGACGGUUUGGGCGUUUUACUGAGGAUAACCCACUACAGGCGAUGUAGAUUCUUUUUUGCACAAAGAUAUUUAAGGUGUAAGGUCAAAACAAGACAAAACAACAAAAAAAUGUAUGGAACUGGCUGCCACACUUAUGUGGAGAACUCAUUAUAUUAACCUGACUCCGAUGUAUUUCAAUAAAGCGGAGGGCUGUUACAAAUACA